AUGAUAUCUGCAAUUAGCUGGGAUUAUACUAUCCAUAUAAAUAGAGAAAAUGAAGAAAAACUACGAAACGCUUCGACCCACAAAAAGUUAUUCGAUAAUAAUUGGAAGAUAAAGUUUUACAAUUAUGAAAAGGAUCACUACAAAUCAAUAGAUCCUAAAGCCUUGAAAUUGAUAUCUAUGAUUCCAUAUAAUCCUUCAUUUCAAAAUGUCGCAUCACUAAAACUUUUUUUAUUCGAUAAAAUAGCCAGUUAUUUUGUUUAUGUUUUUGUUCAAAUUCAAGCUAUAUUAUCGAAAAAAUGUAUGGAUGUUGAGAUCAUCUUUCUUAUCGAAAAAUUAGGGUAUAGAGCUAAGACCUGUGCGGUGAUGGAAAAAUUAUCGACUGCAUUUCACUUUAAAGCUCUCGGCGGCGAAAACAUACCUCCAUUCGCUUCGAGUUAUAUAAAUGAUUCAAUGGCAAAAAUAACCCCAUUUUAUCAAUUGAUCCAUGGUUACGCGCGUUAUAAACUCAAGAAUUAUUACCAUUUAAAUGACGAGAAUUUUAUUAAUGGACUAAUUCCUACUCAGCUCACAGAAAAUGCUUGGGGUCAAAAUUGGGAGAGUAUAUCCAGCAAAAUAUUUCCUAUAACAUCGAAUCCAUUCAAAGAAAUUAUAAACAAUGUCUUAAAGACCCAAAAUCUGUCCCUUAAAAAUCUAGUUAAUUUGUCGGAGAAAUAUUUCAAGUCACUCGCAUUUCCAAAACUAUCUCAAGAAUUUUGGGAUAAUUCAAUUAUAAUAAAGCCAUCCAAUAAUAAUCUGACCACCUGUUACCCCUCAGCUUGGAAUAUGUUCAAAGGGGAUGAUUUUAGGAUAAUGUUUUGCCAAAAAACCAAUUACGCCUCGUGGAUGAAUUUAUAUCACGAACUUGGACACAUUUAUUACUAUAUGGCAUACCAAAAUUUAUCCAUACUAUACAGAAUGUCACCUAACCUUGCCUUCCACGAAUCGAUUGGUGAUACUAUAGCCUUAUCCGCGUUGUCACCGUGGGGUCUCAAUUUUUAUGGCUGGGAUAUCACAGUUAAUCCCGAACAAGAAAUGGAGUUUCUAUUUAGUCAAGCGUUGCGGAAGAUCCCCUUAUUUAUGUUCGCAUAUUCGCUCGAAGAUUGGCGAUAUAACACCUUGAUUGGAAAUAUAAAACCAGAGAAUUACAAUAGCAAAUGGUGGGAAAUAGUAGGUAAAUAUCAAGGGCUCUCUCCACCUAUCAAAAGAAACGAAAAUAAUUUCGAUCCGGCUUUCAAGUUUCACAUCAUAAAAAAUCAAAAUUUUUUGGAAUAUCUACAAGCCACCGUUUUACAGUUUCAAUUAUUCAAAGUGUUAUGCGAAAAGGCGAACGGAGAAAAUGCAAAUAUACCAUUACACAGGUGUAACCUUCAUGGAUCAAAAGUCGCUGGAAAAGUUCUAUGGAAUUUAAUGCGACUAGGCAAUCAAAUAUCUUGGCGUCAAAUGCUAUUAGCCCUGACCGGGAAACCAGAUUAUGAUAUUCAGCCAUUAUUAGAGUAUUUCCGACCUCUCAUACAGUUUAUAAAAGAAGAAGUUAUCAAAAAUAAUAUUAAAAUAGGAUGGAUAAUAUAA